AUUCGUAUUCUUAUCGUUAACCAAAUCAAACGUAAGAAUGAGUACAGCCAUGAAGCUUAUAAUUGUUGCAGUUUGCAUUAGUGCCAUAAACGUUGCUGCCUUGAAAAUAUGUCCCAAGAAUGAGAAAUUUUCAACAUGUGGUACCCGAUGUGAGGCAACCUGUUCGAAUCUUAGUCCGAUUUGCACGGACCUUUGUAAAGUAGGAUGUUUCUGUAUUCCCAACUUCGUGCGAAAUGCCAAUGGUGUGUGUACUUCAAUAUAUUCUUGUCCGACGCCCACAACAAAACAACCAGAGAUUUGUCCCAAACCGUCAGUUUACAGCGACUGUGGAUCACCCUGCGAAGCUACUUGCCGAGUUCCUAACCCUGGACUGUGCAUAACGGUGUGCAAAAAGGGAUGCUUCUGCCCUUCUGGAUAUUUGCGUAAUGAUGUAGGAAAAUGUGUUCUCCCCAGUAAAUGCCCAUGAGUGUUGGAAAGGAACGGUGUAACACAAUUAUGUUUUCUUUGAAAUGUUACAUUGAUAAUAAGUUUCUAAAUAAUUUGCCGUUCUACGCAUAACUGUCCCAUAUGUAUAGAAAAUCCCAUAGAAUAUGGGACAGUUAUGAAUAGAACGGGGAGUGAUUCUUAUGAAAACUUGUAUAAAUUGUGGUGAACUAAAUCUA